AACAUUUUGAUGUUUACUGGGGAAAAUAAUUGUGCAGGCAAAGGAGUGAUCAUUUCCUGGAAUACCUCUGGGUCUUUUUGAGUCUCUUCUCUGCACUGCCUUGAUAUCACAGAGACAGCCCUGCACUGGAGCAAACUGCUGUAGAUCCACUGAAGUGAUUUGAGCUGUGCUGGUUCACAGGGGCAGAGGAACCAGCCUGUGUCUGCUCAGUGGCUUGUUCAGCAUCUGCUCAAAGUGUCUGCUGUGAGAGCUGGCUCUGCCUGAUCCCAGGUGAGACCUGGCGUGGCCAUCACUGCCAAGGAUGCUUGGAUGCACUGAAGGCAUGUGGGGCUGUGCUCAGUCAGACCCAAGGCAGCCUCCCAGCGAAGGGCUUUAGGAUGAGGCAAGCUCAGAAGGCUGGGAAUGGGAACAGAGAAAUAACAGGUAGAGGAAAUGCAGGGCCAAAUAUUUUAUAUCUUCAGGUUGUGCUGCCCCAGGUAAAGCACCGCUUGUGGACACUCCCAAGCACCGGAGAGCCCAAACCCCUGCGGUGACAUUCCCAUACAGUUCCCUGUGCUGCAGGUGGGCAGCCCUGAUGUCAGCCAAGCUCUACGUGCUCAUCAGCUGGCCCGACGGCAGCCGGGUCAUCAACAUGGAGAACAUCAAGGAGCCCCGCAAGCCCUUCCACCUCUACACGGUGGGGGAGCAGGUCCUGGCCCGCUGCCCUGGCUUCAGUGGGCUGUACUGGGGUGUGGUGGAAGGCAUAAGUGAGCAUAAAGAUAUUUUGGAGAAGAAGCUGCUGGAAGAUCGGCAGCUCCUGGAGAAGUUAAAAGAGGAACCAGCUGUCCACAACAUGAUGCCAUCCCCACCAAAAAAAUCCAGGAAAACCUUUCCAAAAUGGACCCCAGGGAAUGCAUCCAGGAAAUACCCCAGUGACAAGACCUAUCCUGCAAAGCCACUGCUGAGGGUGGCUGAGGCCAGCCUGCCUCAUGAUGCCAGCAGCUCCUCUGUCCUCAAGGACAGACGUGUCCUGGGAAGCGUGGCAGGAAGCCCUCGCUUGCUGGCAACUCCCUCCCAGCCAGCCAGUGCCUUCACACCUCCAUCCACCUUCAUCACCAUGGCCCUGCCAGGGCAAGGAGCUUCCCAGACUGAAGAGGAUAGGGCUGGUCUGGGUGCCAGAGAUUAUGUUGCCCUUCCAAUGAAGAGGAAGUCAGAUGGCAUCUUGUCCCCGUGCCAGCAGCAGAUCUGUCUGAAAAGCCGUGAGGAGCGAAAGAUUGAUGCUUUGCAAGAGACCGAUGGCUUUGAGAGGGUUCACAGAAAUUUUGGUCCUGUUGAGAUGGAAAGGGCAGAGAAGAUAGAGCAGCUGGAGAGGAUGGUGCUGGACCUCCAACAGGAUGUUCUCUCUCUGAAGAAGAAGGUGCAGAGGCUGGAAUCCCUGUCCUUCCAGGAGGAGCCCCACCGACAGCCGUGUGAGGUGGUGGAACUCUUCAAUGGCUACACCAAGGAGCAGCUGAAAGAGACCAUCAGAUUUGACCAGAAAAUCAGCACAGCCUGCAAGACUCUGCUCUACAAACUCUUCACCUCUGACUACAUCCAGAGCCACUCCAUCACGGGGCGCAGGGGCAACACUUUCCGGGAGGCGAAGCCAAUGAUGGAUGAACGCUGCAUCAAAAUCAUCAGGGUGCUGCUGAAGCAGAAGUUUGGGGAUCACCUCAGUGACACUGUGAUCACAGAGAAGAUCCAGAAUGUGCAGAAAGCCCUGAGGCAGAAGUUUAAGACAGAAUGUCUCUGAGGUGUGGGGGAUUUGGUGUCUCCUCCUGCCAUUCCUGUGUGUGUCCCUGAGCAGCCUUCCCAGGAAAGAUGAGCUGAGCAGCUGCUGCUCAGUAGAUUUCCCCCAAGGAGCCUACUCAAGUGAACCAUGUGCUAGACACAGCUCAAACACUGCCAAACCUCUGCCUGCAUUAACUGAGCAGGAAUCUGGCCCAACUUGGCUCAGUUUUUGCACUCUACAAGUUCCUUCACAUCCAGACUGUGUGCAAACCUCACUGUGGGUGCAUGGAAUCACCUUCGUGACUCUGAUGAUGUGCUCAAAGGCUUCAGGGCUCCGUUUGAGUCCAAGAAUGGGUCAGAAAGGUAGCCCUGUUCCACGCUGCAGAAGUGCUGGCUUUGGGAUGGGGAAUCCAGCUGCACACAGUCUGUCACCCAAUGUGGCUUCUCUCUCUGCCUCUGGUUGCCUCCUUCUGCCUGUGGGACAAUAUUUACUCUUUUCUCACAUUGAAUGUUUUAUUUUCAGCAGUAACAGAAAGGCAGACUCAUUAAAAUGACACCUUAAAACAUUCAGAAAAAGAUAAGUUGAUUUUUUCCUGUCUAUUUUAAUGUAGCCAUAUGGAAGAGUUGUCUUCCCUAA